CACUUCUUUGAUUGAAGGCGGAGUCGGUGGUCUCGCUGCGCGGAGCUGGUUGACGGCGCUGCAGACAAGCAGCAGUAGGCGGAGGUCGCCGAAGAAGAGGCCGAUAAACUUUGAGAAGCAGACACGUAACAGGAUAAUGCGCCACCGCUUGUGAUUGCUACAGCGACAUGUCCCUGUUAGGGGUAGACGACGAGCAGAGAUGGUUGCCCACUCAUGUCCAGGUGACCGUACUGCGGGCCAGAGGCUUGCGGGCCAAAGGCAAGCAUGGGACGAGCGACGUGUACACCAUCAUGCAGCUGGGCAAGGAAAAGUACUGCACAUCUGUAAAAGAGAAAGAGCUGAAUCCGGAAUGGAUGGAGGAGUGCUCCUUCGAGUUACAUCCUGGUGUACUGGAAGGAGGUCCUCCGGGAGGCAGCGAUCUUCUCCUCACCGUCAUGCACAGAGCACUUAUCGGCAUGGACAGCUUCUUGGGGCAGGUGGUUGUCCCAUUGGAUCGUGUCUUCCAGGAGAGGAUGUCCCGGAAAAAUGAGUGGUUUAAGUUACAUUCUAAGGUUGGGAAAAAGGAGAAGGAGCGAGGGGAGAUUCAAGUGACUGUUCAGUUCACACGCAACAAUCUGACUGCCAGCAUGUAUGACCUCUCCAUUAAAGAUAAGCCCCGGUCUACUUUAGGGAAGCUCAAGGACAAGAUGAAGGGCAAAAAGAGUACAGAGUCUUCAUCUGCAAUAGUGCCUAGUGCCUUUGGAGCUCUUUCUGGCAAAGGGGGUAGGGAAAUAGACGAAGAUGAUGAAGAAGACGACGAGCAGCACGAAGAAGGCAAGCGAAGCAAAGUCAAAGGGUUCUUCAAGAAGCAGAGGCUGCGCAAGUCAUCAGAUACCCAUUCUAAUGCCUCAGUUGCCUCCACAAACAGCGUCUCAUCCUCUCCAGGGGGAAGCCUCAGUCCAACCGCUGGGAUCAGUGUGGUAGUGUCAGAUCUGUCCAAUUCACCAAGCUUGAGCAGCAACCUAACUGUUGACAGUCCAAUCCAUACAGCCCAGUCUUCUCCAAAGCUUCAGACACACAAAAGGGCAUUCAGUGACGAGGUGAACCAGACUGGUGUUCUUCUACAGCCCAAAGAAGUGCAGAACCUUAAGUCCAAGGGAGAGCCACUGUCCAAGUCCUCAUUAUGCAUUAAUGGCAGCCAUGUAUACACAGCAGCAGAGUCCACAGUGCUGCCAGGUGCAAUGGGAGUCCUUCAGAAGUCCUCUCCACUGUCUCGCUCACUUCAGAAUCUUCCGAAAAAAGGAGACGAUUCUCACAAAGCUGAUCAUGAUGGUCGUCGUUGGUCCCUGGAGAAGCCAAAAAAGAAUAAUGAUGCCAAGUCACCAAUUAAUUUAGGGGAAAUGGCAAAAGAGGCAAGUUUGCUUGGGCACCCAGAAGGGAAGCCAGUGCAGAUUGCCACACCUAUAAUUUCCAUAGGGAAUGAGAAGCAGACAGAAGAAGGCGUAAAGGAGGAGCAUAAAAAGAAUAAGCUUCAUUUGUUCUCUCAUGGUAGUGGGAGCAAGAGUGAUUCUGUGAAGAGUACUGAACAUGGAAGUCCAUCUCCACCCCAUAAAACUUGGUUUGGUUCUAAGGACAGCCAGCACAAACCAAGUUCGUCUCUUGAAGCGUCCCUGGCUGCAUCCUCUUGGAGUGAAGAACACCGAUCUGCUGUGAAUGGCACAGACUUGAAAGCUGACCCUUCCAAGCAGGAGCUUAACAGCAACAGUAUCUACUUAGCCACGGCACAGACAUCUCUAUUCAGAAGCAGUACUACAGUGCCAGAAUCAACUGAAAAACUUAACCUUGAAUAUAGAGGAGACUGGGAUGAGUCAUUUGAUGCUUUUGCUGCCAGUAGGCUGAAACCAACAAAGGAUAUCGAGGCAGCCUCUGGUCCAAAAGGAAGACUAGAAUUGUCAAAUGCAGACACCAAUAUUACAGUAACAGAGCUAUCAUCUACAAAUAAAAAAUCUUGUGACAUUGCUGAAACAGCUGGCAGCUACCUCCCACCAGUUCCACUGCGGCGAUCUUUAAUGGUGAUUGUAGAAGAAGAUGCAGCCGACUGGACAGAUAGAAUGUCACCUAAUAUUAAUAAAAAUGAGAAACAUGAAUCAUCACUAACAACUAUAGAGCCAGGAAGUGAAACCGUCAAAGAUAUUAUCCAGGAAUUGUCUUUGUCUCAAACAACAGGAGGUACAAGCAUUGAUUUAAAUCUACUGGAUGAGGCAGAUCUUUUGUCUGAAUACAACGAUCAUACUAAUCCUUGCCUAACACUGAAAAAUGAAACCUCAGAAACAUAUGCUGAUUUAGGUAAAAUGGAAUCUACAGCUCCACAGUCUAUGAACGAACUGAGUUCUUCUUCAGUGAGCUCUUCAUCUGUUACAAAAAUCAGCCCAAGGUUUGUCAGCACAUGGUCGACUGCCUUCAUGCAAAAAGCAGCGGAGACUCUCAGCGAGGACCUAGAUAGGUUUAUUGAUAAUAAAACUAAAGGGGAUUGUGGGCCAUUGAUAUCAAACUGGGAAAAUGGAAGGUCUUUCGGGAAACCAUCUGAAUUAAAUGACUCAGCUGGCAAGUAUAGAAUUAAUGAAUCUGAUUUAUCACUUCUAACAGCUGAACAAAUUUCUGGGACUAGAAAUGAUGAUGAAGAUGAGGAUCCUUCUCUUUCAGAUUGGCUAUUGGAGCAUGUAGGAAAUUCAAAGAAUCACGACAGCACAUCAUCAGAUGCUAAUACCGCUAACCCUCUAAGAUUGCCCAUAGUUUCCAGUCAUGAACCAAAGUUCAUUUCUAACAAGCCUCCACCUGAUCCUGCCAGUGACAUGGCUGUAACUACUAUUUCUUUUUCCGCUGAUGCACUAACCAAAACUAAAUUAAUGCCUGAAAAUACAGAAGAAACCAUUAUCACUGAAGGGAUGGACUCAACCUUUAAGGUAUCAGCUAAUAAAUUAAAACCAAAGAUGGAGGACAGUAUUGACAUGCUGCCAACUGUGAAAAAGGCUGAUGUUACUGAAGAGAUUGUGCCGGCAAUGGAAUGUGAACCUAGCAUAGAGGUGGAAACUACUUUUCCAUCAUCUGUGAGACAGGUACAGACAGAUGAACCACUUGUUUUAUUGGACAAUAUGAGUGUCUGUCAUGACAAUGUUCUUCGCGUUAUUAAUUCCAUGAUUGUUUGUGCUGAACCUGUUGACACAAAGGAAUCCUUUGUAGGAAAGCUUUCUUCUCACGGAGAAACACAGAACAUCUGUAUUGUUAAGGAGGAUUUGGAAGACGAGGACCUACUAAAGACACCUCUCCUGGUAACAGAACCAGUGAUCAAACACAGUUUAGAUUUAGAGGUUACUGUUGGUGAUGAUUCCUUACCUUCUCAGUUUUUACAGUCUCCUGCAAAGCAAACAAAUGGAAGUGAUUAUAAUCCAACUGGGUUUGACUCUAUGUGGGGGGUAGAAACAGUUGCACCUCCUAAGCCUGAAAGAACUCAACAGGAUGUUUGCGAUGUGGCCUCUGGCUUAACAUUGGUCUUUCCUCUUUUAGUCAGCAACUCUGAUGACCAUAUGUGUCAAAAAUCGAACACGUCUUCAGAGGAUGGUAAGGUUAGCUCUAGUGAAGUGACAGAUGUGGACCAUUAUAAGACCUGCAAGUCCAAACUCUCUUUAGAAGAAUUAGACCUAGUGGCCACUUCAGACAGUAAUUUAAGAAAACGAACUGUGUUUCCAGCUCCUCCCUGUGUGAACAUUUCUGAGGCUGAUAAGAAACCAAAUGCAGCAAAGAGUGAGGUGUGUGAAAGGAUGAGUAUACCAUGCUCUAAUGGUGAAAAGGAUCUAUUAGCUCAGCCAGGUGCUGCUUGGAGAAAGAGUGAAGAUGACCUCUCAAACAUGUUCUGGACUACUGUAGAUGAACAUCCUCAAACACUUAAUAAUGACACUCCCCAUAUUAGAGCAGUAUGGGUAGAGAAUGUUGAUUUAGGCUUAACUCAACAGAAUUUGAAUCUGAAACAGACAGAAACUGAUGAACCCUGUGAGUCUUUCGCAUCUGUGACAUCUAUAGGUGGACCAUUCCUCUCAAGUACAGAACAGAAACAUCCAGAAGAAUCUACAGCCAAUAGAGAAGCAGAGUUUAUUUGUGUAACUGGCCAGCCAUCUGUAAUGUCAGAGAACCUGUUGAUAAAGACCUCUGAAGAAGCAGUUCUCCAAGCAACACAAACACCAAGUGUGGUUUUCCAGGAAGCAAAUAAGCCCAUUAAUAGACUGGAUGUGUGGAGGAGUUCUCACGAGAGCUUUCCCCGGCACACAGGGCAACCUGAUAGCCUUCUCACUCAAGCUCUAUCUCCACCAGUCUUCAGUAGUCGCAAUCCCUUUGUCCACACUCCUCCUUCAUACCCAUCUUCCUCUUUGGAAUCCUCCUCCCAGGAAGGUCUCAGCUUCAAAGAUCUCCAUGUUAAGGUUGCCCCACCCUGCGUGAGUAUACGCAGUGACCCAGGGGAUGAAUCCAAGCCUUUCUUGCAUGACAGCAAGCCCCUGGCUGCCUCCACUCCUUCUUUAGUGGCUGUGACUAAUUCAAGGUUAACCCACUUCCCUUCCCCUAUUCUGUCGUCCUUGACUGAGGGGCCACCAGCGGGAACCAGCCAGGCAGCCGCCCCCUCCUCCUCCUGCCCUCCACCGCCGAUUGCUUCAGCACUCACGGUUUUGCCAGAGGAGACACAGCCAGCUGAGAACGUCCUGCAGAGAAGAAGCAGCCCACAUCCAGUAAAACCCCUAAAUACAUCAGUAUUGGAGAAGCAUGAUUCUGGUGUGCCUACUGGACUGGACAAACUCAAGUCUACCAUUCAGCCAAUAUUCCAAUUGUCACAUGGACAGCAUAAGGAUAACACCGUCAAGGCUGAGAUAUUCCCAGAAAGUGCUGCUCAAUAUUAUCACCUGACUCACGAUGAGCUUAUUCUGCUGCUGCUUCAAAAAGAGGCAGAACUUGAGAAAACUAAAAUGGAGCUUCAAAAGAAGAUGGCUAAAGUGAGUGACCUUGAGGAGUACAUAGACACUCUGUUAGUACGCAUCAUGGAGCAGACACCUGCCUUGCUGCAAGUACCUGUGCAUUCCAGCAAGUCUACAAGCAAAUAAUCCUGUCAGUCCUUCCUAAUUUCUUUUGACCAUCAACAAGUCAAUGCUCUUAACAGGAAAGGGUUGUCUACUUAUUUGGGUAAAAAGCCAAGGAAUGAAGAAGUAGUCCUUGGCCAUGCUUGGGUAAAACCUGACUUCAAGCCGGGCCUGUAGACUGCUUCUGCUAAGCAUAAACUCCAUGACAGCUACAUGCUUGCCUCAGUAUUAACAAGCUGAAUGCCAAAUAAAAGAUUAAUCAUGCAUUUGCCAAUGCCAAAGCUCAGCACCUUAAUUCUAGUACAGCGACAGUAUGCUUCCAGGGGAAACAUUCCCCAUCCAUACACACCAGCUAUCACACAGCCCCAGCUUUGAAGCAUGAGGGGAAUCCAUUAGCUACUUUUUGCUCUAACAAUGGAGCAUGCUGAUACUAUAGAUUUACGUGAAGAAGGCUCUACCAUCUCUUUAAUUAUACCUUUUUAAAUAUGUUACUAAAGAUAAACAGAAAAAAGAUGGAAGCAGUUAAGAUGUAAAAGGUAAAGCUGGUCCAUUGUUGUGUCUUUUAAUUGAGGAAUGCAUUGAAUAUUCCUGCAUGUUGUUAAUGCAUCUAGAUUUUGAUUACAGAACCAGGGCUAUGUGGUCGAAACUGAUUUGUGCCUUUGUAAUCUGUCAGGUGAGAAGGUACAGUAUUACAUUAUUAAUCUCCCAAUAAGUAGGAUGAGUUUCCAUUUUCUCUUAAAGGGACAUCCCACUAGAAUGACUUUGUGGAUAAUAUUUGUUUUUUCCAAUAAGGCUAUAUAGUAGGUAACUUUUGUAGCAGCUUAUUCCUCAGCACUACAGUUGCUUUGAUAUUACAGUAUCCAACAUAUACAAUGUGUCCCCUUCUAACUUCCUUAAAGUGUUGGGGAACUUGGAUUUUUGUUAGUCUUCCACAAAGACCCAUAUACAUAAUGAAACUACAGGGUCUGAUCGCAGUGUAAGCCCUACUGCAGUUUUGAAUUCUGAUGCAGCUCCUUUAUCAUUUGCCUGAAUUCUGAUGAUGCAAUAUUAUAAUAGACAGAAUCUGAAAAUUCUUCACUAUAUAUUAGACAAUCAGUUUGGUGCUUGAAGCAGAGGAAACUGUAAGAAGACUUGUCUUUUGUGGCAUGAUUUCUAAGAAAGGUGGUCUUGUGUUACUUACACCUGUAAACAUUUAAGUCUUCCCCUACAUACCUCUGAGAGGUUCUUUGAAUAGUUGCUCUUCCAAAUCAUAAGGGAGGGAGCAGAGUCUGGUCUUGGCAGGUGGGACCUUAUGGACUUUUUCUUACCUCAGUAUAUAGCUGAAAAAUUGAUGGUAUAAGCCAUGCUUGUGGUCUGUGCUGAAAUGCUUGCGUUCAUUUAUCUCAGACACUCCAAUAUUAGAUGGACUAAAUAGGAGAGCUUUGGGAAACGAAAUGGUCAAUUGUGGAGCAUUACUUAAAUUGGAUUUGAAUGGUGAGUGGUGUUAAAAUGGGUCCAUAAUAUUCUAUAUGUUAAUUAUAGAUCUUGAACCCCCUCAGUGACACCCACUUUGCACAAUAUUUUCCUCCAGUUGGUAUCCCUCUUUUAUUCACCCUUAUACACAUGAGAUAGCCAGUUUCUUUGUGCAUUUUGUCAAAGGUCAUUUCCCUGAUUUGUUUACUUUACAAAGUUUCCAUUGGAUUUAUGGAACACUAGCAGACUUUGUGUUGGUUUAUUGAAAACAUGCAUCUGAGUUAGCCUUCAAAUUGUCUCCUGUGGAAGUUUAAGCCAAUCGUGUAUUUGUGCUGUUAGCUAAAUUUCAUUGGUCCUUUGCCAUUCUUUGUAUCUUUGGGACUGGCUGCUUGAUGUGGGGACUUGACAUUAUUAAAUGUAAUACAAAUAUCAGCAUUUUGCAACUGUAUUUUUUGCAAGAUGCAAAUUGAAAUGGUGUAAUGCCAACUUUUUCAUAAUUACUAUUUUGGAGAGGAAAAUCUGCUAAUGGGGAGUCCAAAAUAUUCAUGGUCAGACCACACUGUGCUUAGAUGAAACAAGGCCAUCAACACCUAGCAGACCUUCCUUUUCUUUCACAGUAUUUCAUCUUGCCUCUUUGGUGUUACUGAUUAACUCUAAAACAAAAAAACUCAGAGGUUUCAUUUACACUGUGCUUUUUGCACUCUCUGCUCUCCAAAAGCAGCUCCUUGCUUCCAUUGUGUAUUUGUACUGCUUGAUGCAAUAAUGCUUACCAGUGCCAUUGACACCCCAAACCCAACUGACUUUGCUUAUUCAAUGAAUAAACAGGAGGAUUUGCUGGUGAUGUUCUCGACAUAAAAAGUGCAAUUUCUGUUGUUCUCACACAAGCAGUAGAGGCUUCUCCCAUGUUAUACACCUGCUUUGGUGAAGGACUGGUUAGAGUUGUAAGUACAGCAAGUUAUGCAAAUUAAGAAAAGGAAAUGUUCUGAGUCUGCAAGUGGUGACUGAAUGUGGGGAGUCAAGGAGGUAAUUUUGUGAACUAGGUAACUGUUCAGUCUUGUUCUAACACUUAGAAUAUAUUAAUGCACUUUGCAAGCAUUGUAUUUUUUUAACAGAAUGUAGGGUAGGAUGGUUCUGGUUUGGAAUGGGAAAGGGGCACUAUAGAACCAACAUUUUCAAAGAAAAACUGUUGAGCAGAUAUUUGAGCUCUGUAUAAAUCUAUACAAGAAGUAUCCAGGAAUGUAUGGGAAGCCCAAGUGGUGAAUGAUGGGGUUUUGAACUUUGUCAACUCUGUGACUCAUUCAAUUGGUUAUCAGAAAGCCACACAAGCAAAGUGAGACCGUUUCAACAUUUGUAAUAUCAUUGUGCUGAGUAACUAAGUAGAAAUAUCUGCUUUUCCAGGCAACCUCAUUGCCUCCUUCAGUGUAAUAGAAAUGAUUAAAAGUGUGUUUGUCUCUAUAAAAUUAACCAGCACCAUAUAUUAAUUCCACUCAAAACUUGACAUAUCACCGUAUAGUGUGUUUAUUUAAAAUUUAAGCACAGGAUGAGAUGAGAGACAGUCUUUGAUGGUGACAAGUCAACACACCGCAAUAAGAGUGUUAACCACUCUACAUACUAAUAGCACAGCAAAAGAUAGCCACACUGAACACUAAGGACCGACAAAGCUAAUGGUCUGGUGGAGCUCACAUAUCUGCAAGCAGCUCCUUGAGUAGUUGGAUCAUGGUCAUCUGUGCCCAUAUGUUAUUUUUGCUUUGUUUUCCAGGGUUAUUUGGUUACCUCUCUGUUACUUUUUGUGUUAUAUAGAGUCAUAUAGUUACGGCAUGAGCAUUAUCUACAAAACAAUGUCAAUCAAAUUCUGCACUGUGACUUGUAAAAUAUAAAUAAAAAGUGUUGCUUUUCCA